AAACGCCGGCCAAUCACGCGGCGACUCACCCUCAACACGGGCGCGAAACGAAAGCGUUGUGACGCUGCCGCGGAAUCAACCGCCGGGGUUGACGGGACGAGAAAUGGACCUGCCGCAGAAAAGAAAACGAAUAAGCUACGAAUUAACCAACUCACAAACCUCCAGCCGCGAAGCUGCACCGUCCAGCAGCACUAAUGGCCAAGCGGGAGGUUUCGUGGAGGGCUCUAUCCUCCGCAUCACCAUGCGCAACUUCCUCACAUACGACCACUCGGAAGUUUUCCCCGGACCCAAACUGAACAUGAUCGUGGGAGCCAACGGCACUGGGAAGUCCAGUAUAGUGUGUGCCAUCUGCCUGGGCCUGGCGGGAAAAACAGCCGUGCUGGGCCGAGGAGACAAGGUUGGUCUGUAUGUGAAGCGAGGGUGCAGUAAGGGUUCAGUUGAAAUUGAGCUAUACAGAGCGAGUGGAAACUUGAUAAUCACCAGAGAGAUCCAGGUUGAGAACAACCAAUCCACAUGGAUGCUCAAUAAAAAACACACCAGUCAGAAGGCUGUGGAGGAGGCUGUGAAAGAGCUGCACAUUCAGGUCGGGAACCUGUGUCAGUUCCUACCACAGGAGAAGGUUGGAGAGUUUGCUAAGAUGAGUAAGAUCGAGCUUCUUGAAGCCACUGAGAAAUCGGUCGGCCCGCCAGAAAUGUACGAGUUUCACUGCGAACUCAAGACGUUCCGCAGCAAAGAGAGGGACCUGGAGAAUGUGUGUAAGGAGAAAGCCAACUUCCUGGAGAAGGCCAGACAGAGGAAUGAGAGGAACAAACUGGAUGUAGAGCGCUACUACAUGAAGAAGAGACACUUGGACAGGAUCCAGAUGCUAGAGAAGAAGAAACCCUGGGUGGAGUAUGAAACGGCACGUAAAGAGCUCGAGGGGGUGAAGAAGGAGAGAGAGGAAAUGAAAAAGAAGCUGAAGUCGCUAAAAGAAGCUCAGGAGCCGCUGCUCAGGAAGAUCCGCUCGGUGGAGAGUCAGCUGCAGCCCAUCGAGCAGCAGAUGAAGGAGCUGACUGCCGGUAUCAGAGACGCAACGCAGAAAUGUAAGCAGAAACAUGAUCAGCUUGAAUAUAGGAAUAAAGAGGUUGAUGACAUCAGACAGGACCUGAGUCUGAAGCAGACCGAGGAGGCGGACCGACAGAAGCGCAUCGGACACACGCAGCUCAUGAUCAAAGACCUGCAGAAGGAGCUGCAGAACAUGGGCAGCAUGGAGGACGUCACGCCUCAGAUUGAGGCUGUCAACGCAGAGCUGAGGAAAAUCCAGGAAGAAAAAGCCAAACUGGAGGGCGAGAUGUCAGACCUGCGCAGAGAUAAAGACGAAGCCUUUGGAGAAUUAAACCGUUUGCAGAAUCGUCAGAGGAGUCUGGACGACAUGAUGAAGGUGAAAGAGGAUAAACUGCGCACCCGUUUUCGUGACACCUACACCGCCCUCAAGUGGCUGAGGGAUAACCGUGAUCGUUUUGAAGGCAACGUCUAUGAGCCCAUGAUGCUGGUGAUAAAUGUCCGUGAUUCUCGGCACGCAAAAUACAUUGAGAGUCACAUUCCUCUCAAUGAUUUGAGAGCGUUCGUCUUUCAGAGACAGGAGGACAUGGAGAAGUUCAUGACAGAGGUGCGAGACACACAGAGGCUGCGAGUUAACACCGUCAUUGCUCCAGAGGAGUCCUGCUCUAGACGACCACCAUCACGCCCACUCGAGACUCUGAAGCCUUAUGGCUUCUUCUCAUAUUUGCGUGAGCUGUUCGAUGCUCCUGAGGAGGUCAUGAGUUACUUAUGCUAUCAGUACAAAGUCAAUGAUGUGCCUGUAGGGACAGAGAAGACCAAGAGCAUGAUCGAGAUGGUGAUCAGAGAGCUUCAGAUGAGGAUGAUCUACACAGCGGAGGAGAAGUACACUGUGAAGAAAUCCAACUACUCUAGUAACGUGGUCUCCAGUAACUCGGCCCUGCGACCCUCGCAGUUCCUCACUAUGACCGUAGAUGCAGAUGAGAGACGCCAGCUGGAGGAGCAGCUGAGGGCAGCACAGAGGCAGGUGCAGAGCAUUGAUCAACGGAUGGCAGCCAUUCGUGAGCAACAAGCUAAACUGGACCGCCGUGAUAAUGAGCUGCGUGCUAACAAGAAGAAACUGUCUGAGCUGAAAGGCAAGAAGAGACAACUGGAGCAGAAAAUCAGCACAAAACAGGACAGUUUACGGCAGAUGGAGCAGAAUGAGAUCAACUUGCAGGCAAUUGAAGAGGAAACAAAUGCCAAGAUCGCUGCUGUAAACAACAAGAAAGUGGCCAUAAUGGAGGAGUAUUUGGGUCACAUGCAGAUGAAGGCCAGACUGAGUAUGGAGAAGGUGUACUUGGCUCUUCAGAGUGCUGGUCUCUCUGCUGAGAAAACCAAACUGGAGACGGACUGCAGGGACAGUUCAGCUGAGCUCAAGCGAGCAGAGGUGGUAUACACCAAACUGGACCAGGUCAAGAACAAUCUGUUGACCACGUGUAAGACUCUGAUGAGGAGGGCCAGUGAGAUCUGUAACAUGACCCCCGGAGAGACGGCCGUCCCAGAGGAACUACACCAAGCCUUCAGCCAGUUGCCUGAUACACUGGACGAGAUCGAUGCCAUGCUGAAUGAGGAGAAGACCAGAGCCGAGUGCUUCACCGGCCUCAGUGAUGCUGUGGUGGAGGAGUAUAACAGACGUGAGCGGGAGAUUCAGAACAUGGAGAAGGAGCUGGACGACAAGACCAACGCUCUGACAACCUACAGACAAAACAUCGCUGAGGCCAAAGAGCGCUGGCUGAAUCCUCUGAAGCAGCUGGUGGAUCAGAUCAACGAGCGCUUCAGUGAUUUCUUUCGCUCCAUGCAGUGUGCUGGAGAGGUGGAUCUGCACUCGGAGAACGAGGAGGAGUAUGAUAAGUACGGCAUCCGCAUCCGAGUGAAGUUUCGCAGCAGCACGCAGCUGCACGAGCUGACGCCUCACCAUCAGAGCGGAGGAGAGCGCAGUGUGUCCACCAUGCUGUACCUCAUGUCCCUGCAGGAGCUCAACCGCUGCCCCUUCAGAGUGGUGGACGAGAUCAACCAGGGCAUGGAUCCUGUCAAUGAGAGACGUGUGUUUGACAUCGUAGUGCGGACAGCGUGUGGUGUGAACACGUCUCAGUAUUUCUUCAUCACACCCAAGCUCCUACAGAACCUGAAGUACGCGGAGCAGAUGACUAUACUGUGUGUGCACAACGGACCCUACAUGCUGCCGCCACACAAAUGGAGCGAGAAAGCCUUCAUCAGACGCGCCAAACGCAGACAAAUCCCCUGAAGAACAUGUUGAGCUGUUCAGUGAAGCACGAGUUCUUGUUGGAUCAGCAGUUCAGACGAGGUGAAGUGCCUUCAUGUCAAAGAUGCAUCAAAACUGUUACGAGUUCUGAUUAAACAUUUUGUAUAAUGAAUAAA